AUGGAAGGACGUAGGCCAAUUACAGUUUUACUGCAGAUCUUCCAAUGCGGUAUUUCAACGGGAAUACAUUUUAAAUGAGAGUUAUAUUGUAAUCUUGUAAACGAGUAAUUAUUUGAAACUUUAAGCGAAAUUUAUAUAACUGUUCUACCGUUUUAAUUAAUGAUCAAGUAGCGUCGUCAAAGGCAUGCAAGUAUCUCUGCGAUGUGUAGCACAUGUAGCAUCGUUGACGCAAUGUCCAAUUUUGUACAGUUUAAUAUUCCGGGUGAGAUAACGAAAGAAACUGAAAAAGUAAAAGGGAGAAAAGAAUAUCAGGAUAAAGUUUGAAGAUCAAUUCUCUGAUUCUUUCGUGAUAUUUAUGUUUUUUCAUUUUCCAAAGGAAGCAUCUACAGACGCGGCGCUCGUAGAUGGAGGAAGCUGUACCGAGUGAAUGGUCAUAUAUUUCAAGCGAAACGUUUCAAUCGGGUAAGCAUCAUUUCAUUCAACUUAAAUGCUCCACUGUUACUUUCCCCUUCUUUUCUUUUAGCUCAUUAUUAUGUAUUAUUUUCCACGCAUCGAUCACGCACGAUUGUACUGUGAUACAAGUAUUUGCAAUCCAGAUCUCACCAUGAUGGAUAGAUUGUAAUCCCUUGUCAGAAGAACUUGCUGGCUAGUGAAUGUCAAACAAUCAUUUUCUAUAUUUAGUCGUCAAUCGUGACAAUGAUUCGUCCCUUGAAUGCUUCAGAAUGUAGGUUUCUGUUGUUACUUGAAUGAUGCAGAUCCCAGAGACGAAUUGCUCAUGUGCAAUGUUUAGUGUGUAAAAGUAAGAAUGUGGAAGUUUGUGCUCUGUUUGGUAGAAAUUGGUCGAUAAUUUUAUGUAUAAGUAGCAACCUCAUUGAUUCAUUAUAUGUUACAAGUUUUUAGAACAAAUAAUUUAUCUGUAUACUGAAAUAGAACUUGUAGUGCCAAUGAAUCAAGAAAAUUGAAUGAUGUUCUUGGAGUUUUGAUGGAAACUUGAUAGUACAGAAUUUUUUGUACUGUAUCUUGUAAUAAGGCAGCAUUUGAAAAUACUCUACAAUAUUCAGAACGAUUAAAAUGAUUUUUCCUAUUUAAUCUUUUGAUUGGAAGUUGAAAUAUUAAUAGGUGUCAUAAAAUUAUUGUAAAAAUAGAUUAGCAUUUAAUGGUAACUCAUAGAUUCGUUGAAAUUUACUUAAAUUAUUAUUAAAAGAUAUUGUUUCAAAAACGAAUUUACAAGUAACAGUCAGUUUCAAUGUGUAAUCUGAAUUGUAAAUGUAAUAUUUUCCUGAAUGUCUGAAGUGUAAAAUUUUGAUUUGUCAAACAAAGUCCGAAGCAAUAAUCUGACCUCCAAGUUAACGAUCGCGCGAACGUACUCGAGUUACGUCCAAAAAUGUGAAAACAAUUAUUUUUGCAAAUAAUUUCUUCUCUAACUUUCGUAGCGAGCAUUUUGCGCGUUCUGCCAAGAUCGGAUUUGGGGGUUAGGUCGGCAAGGGUUCAAAUGCAUUCAGUGCAAGCUGCUGGUACACAAGAAAUGUCACAAAGUGGUGCGCAAGCCAUGUUUGAGUGUACAACAACAGCAACAACAGCAGAUGCCAAGCACAGAAUCGCAGACGAUCGACAGAAACGGCGAUCAACAACAGCUUGAUUCUGUUCAAUGCAGCCCGGUAGCUCACUUAGAGGAUGAGAUCUCAGAAUUGCCAAUUAUUGAGGAGCAUUCACGCAAUCUUGGAACAAAAACAAGUAACGCCACCUUAUAAACCAAGAUUAGAUUCUGAUCGUGAUUUAGCGAACUUCCCACCAGAAUUUACAGAUGAACCAGUUCAUUUAACACCGGACGAUCCGAGAGUGAUCGACAAGAUCGAUCAAAGCGAAUUCGAAGGUUUUGAGUAUGUGAAUCCGUUACUUAUGUCUUUGGAAGACUGCGUGUGACAAGAACCGCUUAUUAUUGUGUCACGUCACACUCAAAAUCAGCAACAAUUACAGUCGUGUUACAUGUACGAAUUACAAGAUAAACUUGCAAAGCUUCGAAUCGAUCCCCUAUUGAAUAUCAGCUCAAGAAAUCGAGGUUAUCAUAACAAUGUUUUUUUAAUGACAUACUCUGAAGAGAAUGAGAACGACAAUAAUUAUAACGAAUAUCGGUUAUCACCACCUUUUCCAUUCCGAUACGAAAGUCCGAUGUGCUCCAGUUCUCUAAGUAUCACAGACGUUACAUACGGUUUUAGCAAUAACAAUGAGAUCAUUAGUAACUACGAUGAACACAAUUACGACGACGAGGAAGAUGAAAGUCCAAAGAAAGGACUCUUGAAGCAAAUGUUUUGCCUUCCAUUAAAUUAAGCUAAAUAAGGCUUAUUUAAUAUUAUGAGAUUGCCUCUAAUCAAUAGUUAAUAUAAAUUUUGUAGAUUGCAAGAGAUUUGAAACCUGUAACAACGUUGAAGUUUACAGAAUCCUUGUAUCAAGUAUUGGAAGAAAAAAAAAAGUAUUUAAUUUGCGCCACAUAAUAUAUACGAUCGUGUUGAACUCUUCUUUCAUAUGGUGCUGCAACUUAAGCGUAUUAAUGGGUAUUAUUUUCAGCUAUUUUUAGAAGAGAAAUGAAUUAAAAUGGAAAAUGUACCUGACUGCUUCGAUUAAUCUCGUAGGUAAUAUGUCAUUCCGUUGCGCAGUCGUUCUAUUAAUAUUUACGAGCAUUCUACGAUCUAUUAUAUCGCUUGCAUGAACGUAUUCACUAAAAACAAUAGUAACAAAAUAUUUCUAACGAACUAAUAUCUAUUUAAGAAGAAAAUAUUAUAUAUUAUAGAUCAAUUACGUUUGAGAGGAAAAUAUAGCGAACGUAAAUAUAAAAUUUCUAAAAAAAAACUAAAAACUUUUUGUUUUUUACAUUUUUUUUAUAUAUAUAUAUAUGAAUAAUUUAAAGCUAUAAUAUACAAACACUUUUAAAAGGAAACUGUUGAUCACGAUGUAUAUUAAAGAAAGAAGAAAGAAAUCUUAAUCACAUCACAAUGUAGUAUAAAAUUUUGCAAGUAUUAUAUUCCAAGGAUGUGAAAGUUAUAUAGUAAAUAAUUUUGGUAUAAAACUUUGGUCUAUAAAUAAGAUUAUGUUACCCUUUAUCAGUACAUUUUGUCACUAUGUUUUUGUUUAAAGAAAAUGCAAAAAACGUAUGAUCCAAGUAAAACGUUAAAAUUGCACAAAAUUAUAACUCUUUUUACAAUGGACUAGUUUCAUUACGAAUUACAUGUUUCAGUUUCUAUUACUACUUCCAUAUUUUUAAUACAAAUUAGAUAUCGUUUUUAUAAGCUAACAAUAUUUAUAGUGACGUAAAAUGAAGGUCUUCCACUGCCAUAUCUUUUUGUAUCCAUUGUAAAGCUUAGAUCACCUUAUGUGUAAUUAAGAAAUUCAAUAUUUGAAUUUGAAUAUUUUCUACUAAACAAUAUUGAUUAAUUUCUAAAUAAAACAAAAAUGCAAGCUAGAUUUUGUGCAAUUUUGACUUUACAUGACAAAAUAUUAAUCAUUUUAUAUUGAUUAAUUUUGAGUUCUCUUUUAAUUGUUACAUUAUACCAAAAUUGUUUACUGUUGACAGUUAUUCGCUCCUGUGAUUAUUAUAAAUAUAAAAAGACCUUAAAAAAUCUUGGAAAAAAAAGAAUUAUAAAGAUUUAAUAUAAAAAUUAAGAUAAUCUGAAAGGAAUUUAGAAUAAGAACACACGAAAAUUAAAUUACUAAAAGUCAUUAUAUGAAAAGAGUUUUAUAAAAAAUUAACAACUUUUCUCAAAUUUAAACAUGCCGGAUAUGUAUACUAUACUAUGCAGAGUGAGACAUUUUGAUUCUUACGAAUUUCAAUUCAGAUCUUUGAAUCGAAUCAAUUGAAUCAAAAUACAAAUCUUAUGUUCAAUGUGAAUUAUUCUUAUUCUGAAAGUACAUUGAUUAUUUUCUUUCGUUAUUAAAAGGAUUGUCACAAAUAUUUUUAUACAAAUGUUAAAUAAUGAAGUCAGUUAUAUUACUUUAUGUCAAUCUAAAUUUAUCAUGAUUUUUCUGUAAUGUCACCCUUCAUUAUGUUUACUUUGAAAGUAAUAAUGAAUAUUUAAUAGUAAUAUGUAAACAUAUAUACAAUAUUUUUUAUACUCAUUAUUUCCUUGCAGUAGUAGCAAAUAUUGUAAUCAAUAUCACUAUGGAUAUCUACUUAUCCUAUAAUUAAGAAAUCAAUCCUUUACAGUAUAGUAAUGCUUAAUAAGAAUUAGAAUUCGUUUUAGAUUAUCUUUUUAUAAUAGUUAAACUAUCUAAUUAAACAAAUAAUUUACAUAAUUGAAAGAAAGAGAAAAUACAAUAUUAUAAAUAGAUUUCAAGAAAACUUAAUAAUAUAUGUAUAUUUUCUUAAUAAAAAUUGCAAUAGUUAGGGAGACACUUGUAGACUAACUGUUGAAAAUUUAGUUUCGGAUUGCAAAAACUAAUCAUUUUUUAAUGACUAUGAUUACAAAUAUGUAUAAAAAGUUUUACUAGUUUUUAUUUUUUUUUUCUCUCUCUAAAAACUAUUGUUUAAGUUUCACUAUUUUUUGCAUGACUUUUAUUUGUAUUUCUAAUAUUGUAAUUUUAGGUACUGAAUGUUUAAACAUUAUUAUAUUAUAUAUAUAUUGAAUUAUUCUUAACAUAAAUUGAAUGCUUAUUGAAUAAUUUUGAGUAUAAUUGAAAAAUGUUAGUGAAAUAAUACAUUCCAAAAUAAUUUAUUUUUAACACAUAUAAGGAGGUAUUCCUUUAUUUUCUAUCAUGUGUUAAUAAUCGCUUUAUUUAUAAAUAAUUCCUGAAUGUAAAUUUGUUUGCUACUAUCCUAAUAUUCAAUUAAAUAACAUUCAAGCCUAAUGAUCUGAUCAAUUUAGCUGUUAUACAUAUUUGUGUUUAAUUAUAAACAAUAUGAAAUGCUUCAUAUUCUCAAAUAAUGAAAUAUUGUUUAAAAAAUAAAUAUAUAUUAGCGUAGAAAAGGAACAUAUCAAUGAAAAUUAAAACAAAAGUUUCUGAAAUAUAUAGUUUCUAUAUUUAAAAAUUAAAAAUUAAAAAUUAAAGUGUGUCUCAAGGUUGACAUUUUAUGUAUUUAUAUGAAAGAUAGUAAUUAAUUUCAGUUUAUAUCACAGAUUAGAUAAAUGAUAUGAACAAAAUUAUAAUUAUUAUUUUAUUUUACUCUUGAUUACGAUGCGAAUACUAUCUUUAUGAAGAGAAAUGAACUUUUAUUAGUUGAAAGAUUAUUGCUUGUAUUUUAAGUGCCUCGCCCUGUAUACUAAAUGUAUAUAUAUUUAUGCAUGUAUAUAAUUUAGAGAGAUAAGAUAAAGAAGUACUUCCUUUUAUUGUUUAGUUUAUAUAUAUAUAUAUAUAU